AGAAACUUUAUUCCAUCACUUUAUUAGGAAAUUACAAUAAGAAACCAACCAUCCGGCGCCUUAUUUUUUUUCUUUUGUUGACCAUCAAAAUUUUAGUUCCAUGUUUGGUAUGUUACUGAUAUAUUUCCCUGCAAAUAUAAUUUUUUAUGGAAGGACAUAAUUUUAUUCUUUCAUCCUGUCUUCUAUGAAAAUUUUUAUGUAGAAAUUGUUCAUAAACUUGACCAACAAGAAUAUCUCAAUACUAAGAAGAGGAAUAAAAAGAAAAUUAAAGGUGUUUUUAUGUGAUUGAUCAUGGUAGAAGAAGAUUCUGAUAGAUUAGCUCUUCAAAUUUACAAAAUUCCACUAUCAUUUAUUCUGUUGAUUAUAUUUUCAGGUGCAAUUAUCAAGGCAGAUGCUUUAACACAAGAACAGGGGAGGGAACGAGAAAUCCUGAUGAAUUUGAAGUCAUUUUUGGAAGUAAAAAACAAGGUAAAUAGAGGGAAUUACACUAAAUGGAAUCAGUUCACCUCAGAUCAUUGUGAUUGGUCUGGUGUUUCUUGUGAUCCUGUUUCCGGUCAGGUCACCGGAAUCGACCUCUCGUCGAGCAGCCUAAAUGGGGAGAUAUCAGGCAAUUUCUCAGGAUUAUCAGAGCUUAAAUUUCUUGAUUUAUCAGGGAAUACUUUAAGUAUGAUUCCUGAUGAUUUGGGUGGGUGUAAAAAUCUUAAAAUUCUUAAUGUGUCACAUAAUAUGAUUAGUGGGGAGCUGAAUUUUACUGGGUUUAGCAGCUUAGAGGUAUUGGAUUUAUCAAUGAACAAAAUCGGGGGCGAAAUUCAGGUCAGUUUCCCAGCAAUUUGCAGCAAAUUGAGGGUGUUAAACAUCUCUACUAAUAACUUUACUGGGUCAAUUGAUGGGUGCUUUGAUGGGUGCCCUAAUUUGGAGUAUAUUGAUCUUAGUGCAAAUAAUUUUACUGGGAAAAUCUGGUCUGGUUUCUCAAAACUUAAGGGUUUUGAUAUUGGGGAAAAUCAGUUUUCUGGGUCAUUUCCUUCUUGGUAUUUCAACCAAAAUUGUAGCUUGGAGAUUCUAGACUUGUCAGAAAACAAUUUUAAUGGGGAAUUUCCUGAUGAAAUUUCCAAUUGCAAAAAUCUGUCUGAUUUGAUUUUGGGUGGUAAUAAUUUCACUGGGAGUGUUCCUGAAACUCUCGGGUCGAUCUCGGGUCUUAAAGUAUUAAUCCUUGGAGGAAAUAAGUUCUCAAAUAGGAUCCCAGAAUCACUACUGAAUUGCAAGAAUUUGCUGUUCUUGGACUUAAGUAGUAAUGAUCUUGGUAAUGAAAUACCACCUAUCUUAGGCAGAUUCACUCAGCUGCAAGUUCUUGUUCUGCACAACAAUUCAUUCAAUGGAGGGUUGAAUUCAUCUGGGAUUUUUCAGUCAUCGAAUCUUCGAAGAUUAGACCUCAGUUUUAACAAAUUUUCGGGUCAUCUUCCGGCUGAAAUUUCCUCAAUGGUUAACUUACAAUUCCUAGACUUUGCUUAUAACAACUUUUCAGGGGAAAUUCCUUCUGAAUAUGGAAAUCUUAAUCAACUUUUAGCCCUUGAUCUUUCUCAUAAUAGAUUAACGGGUUCUAUCCCACCGAGUUUAGGGAAAUUAACCUCGCUUCUUUGGCUUAUGCUUGCGAAUAAUUCCUUAACGGGUGAAAUUCCUUCUAAUUUGGGUAACUGUAGUAGCUUGUUAUGGCUAAAUUUAGCAAAUAACAAUCUGUAUGGAAGACUCCCUGUUGAACUGACAAAGAUUGGGAGUAAUCCCAUGCCUACGUUUUUGUCGAACAGACAUGGGAAAAUUGUUCCUGGAUCCGGGGAAUGUUUGGCAAUGAAGAGAUGGAUACCUGCAGAUUACCCUCCUUUUAGUUUUGUAUAUAGUUUGCUUACUAGGAAGAGUUGCAGAAGUAUUUGGGAUAGGAUACUAAAAGGGUAUGGUCUAUUCCCGAUUUGUUCUCCUGGUUCGAAAGUUCAGACACUUCAGAUUUCGGGUUAUCUUCAGCUAACUGGGAAUCUAUUUUCUGGUGAAAUACCUUCUGAAAUUGGUAACAUGAAGAAUUUUAGUAUGCUGCAUUUUGCUGAUAAUCACUUCAAUGGUUCGUUGCCCUCGACUAUCGAUAAAAUGUCGCUCGCGUUCUUAAAUGUGUCGAGGAACAGAUUUUCUGGUACAAUUCCGAUGCAAAUAGGAAAUCUUUGGUGUCUGCAAGAUCUUGAUUUGUCAAUGAAUAACUUCUCGGGUGUUUUUCCUACAAGCUUGAAUAUGUUGGGUGAAUUGAGCAAGUUCAAUGUUUCUUUCAAUCCGUUCAUAUCUGGUGUUAUUCCGUCAACUGGGCAACUAUCGACAUUUGAUAAAGAGUGUUACCUUGGUAAUCCUUUAUUAGUCCUUCCGCCUUUUAUCAAUGGAUCCUCGAAAUCACAUUUGAAUAAGGAAGAGUCGCACAAGACAGUUCGAGGUACAAAACUUGCGAGUUUUUUAGUCGUCAUAAUUUUGGUGCUUGUUUUUUUAAUCAGUGGUGUACUGUCAAUCCUAUGCUACAAUUUUGCGAAAACUUCGUCAGGAAACACAACCAUAUGUCUCUUAAAAGACACGAAAUGGAGGCAUGAUUUAUCUUCUUGCUCGAGUAAUUCCUCCUCGUCACCAUGGAUUUCAGAUGCAAUCAAAAUCAUUCGACUUGACAAAACAGCGUUCACACACUCGGACAUACUAAAAGCGACAGGAAAUUUCUCUGAAGAUCGAGUGAUCGGUAGAGGAGGAUACGCGACAGUUUAUAAAGGCGUAUUCCCGGAUGGUAGAGUAGUUGCAGUGAAGAAGCUACAAAGCAGUGGGAUCGAAGGAGAACGAGAAUUCCAAGCAGAAAUGGAUGUUCUUAGCCAAAAUGGAGUUAACUGGCCCCACCCGAACCUAGUCAACCUCUACGGAUGGUGCCUUGAUGGUGCUGACAAAUUGCUCGUGUACGAGUACAUGGAAGGAGGGACCUUAGAGGAUCUAAUCUCAGACAGAACAAGACUAAGAUGGAAAACCCGGGUUGAAAUUGCAAUCGAUAUUGCACGUGCUUUAGUCUUCCUACACCACGAGUGCUACCCUUCGAUAGUCCAUAGAGACGUAAAAGCAAGCAAUGUGUUACUAGACAGAAAUGGAAAAGCUCGAGUGACAGAUUUCGGUCUAGCAAGAGUAGUAGAUGCAGGACACACACAUGUCACCACCACAGUGGCCGGGACAGUAGGGUAUGUUGCACCCGAGUAUAGUCAAACAUGGCAAGCGACUACAAAAGGUGAUGUUUAUAGCUUCGGAGUGUUAGCCAUGGAGCUUGCGACUGGUAGGAGGGCAGUAGACGGUGGUGAAGAGUGUUUGUUAGAGUGGGCUAGACGAGUUGUUGGAGAAAAUGAACAGCAAGAACUUGAUCAAUCAGUGCUUCAGGAACUGGUAAGGGAACAAGGGAAAAACGAAGGCGCAUCAGAAAUGGGCCGAAUGUUAUGCAUAGGAAUGAAAUGCACAGCAGAAACACCUCAGGCGCGGCCUAAUAUGAAGGAGGUUUUGUCGAUGUUGAUUAAAAUUAUAGGGUAUGAAGAAAUCUGUAAGGAUUAUGUGUCCAUAGUUUGUGAUGUAUAGGACUAUAGUUUUUAGUUUGAAGAAGUGUUCAUAGAGUUUAUAGUUUGUUGUUAUAGUCAGACACAGAAGAUAACAGCACAGGUAAUUAGGCAUACACAGGAUAGCAUUCUUCUUGUACACAUCCCACUCAUUGUUUUUCAGAAAAAAUUGCAGAUUUGCUAUGAUAAAUAAUACCAAAAGGAUUUAUCUCUGAAUUUCCA